UCUAUGUAGUGUUAGUUUAUCCAAAGGAAAAUAUAAAGUAUUGGGGGGAUCAUAAUACAAUAUAAUUCAUUUUUUCAUUCAUACAUAAUUAUUUUUAUUUUAUUUAUUUAUUUAUUUAUUUAAAGAUUCUUCCAUUUAUUCCAAAAUAUAUUUAAAAUAUAAGGAAAAUAGGAUAGACCUCAUUGGAAACACGAGGGUACAUGUAGAAUAAAUAAAUAGUCAAGUACAAGUCAAAAACAGCAUGAUACAAUAAAACACACACACACACACACACACACACACACAAAACAGUUGAAGUCAAAGAUGCCAGCACUGCAACCCAGCUCUGCUCUCUCUCAGACUCAGUUGCCAUGACAAUCUCUCAUCUCUGCUCUCACCCUGACCUGAUCACCAUGACAACAACUCAUUGCCCAAUAUAGUGUGAUGCAGGAGAACAUACAAAAAAGGUCACUAGCCCCAUCUAGUGGACAACAAAAACCGACAAGGCCUGUCAAAUCUUAUGUCUAAAAAAUAAAACGAAAAAACUAAAGUUGUUGUUAAAUUCAAAAAUGCUAAAUAAAUGACUUAAGCUAAACAGAUGUUUUUGGAUGUGUUCCUAGCAGGCUACUCUUUGAUACUGUAAAAUACAAGAGCAGUAUCAGUUGUGCGGUAAUAAUUUGAGGCCCUCAAUUAUCUCCUAAUGGCAAAUCACAAGCGCUAUGAGAGUCGAAGCCAUUUUUGUUGGGGUAAUUAAGCACUGAGGUAACUGAAAGGCAUGAAUGGAGCCUUGUGUUCAGUAAUGAACUUGCAUGUUAUUCUCUCCUCACAUCUUCUGUCCUGAUGGAACAAAAUGAGCAGAAACCGCAACACUGCGUGGAGAAGCCGAUCUCCAUCUGCUUCCAGAAGUUCGGACGCUUUGUGGGAACUUACCCGUGGUGGUUCUUCAUCUCUCCUCUGCUGAUCUCUGCGGUGUUGGGGAGUGGGUUUUAUUUCUUAGAAGAUCGCGAGGCCAAUGACAUUGAGGAUCAGUUCACACCUGUGAACGGUCCUGCCAAACUGGAGAGGCAGUUCGUGCAGCAGAACUUUCCGCAGAACGACUCGGUGUUCUCCAACCAGAGACUCUACACGGAUGGAGUUUACGCGUCCUUCAUAGCGGUAUCAAGAUCCUCCAACAUCCUCACAGACGCUGCCUUUCAGGAGAUAGUAACUUUAGACAGGAAGGUCAAGGAGCUGAAUGUGCCCAUGGGUCACGAGGUGCUCACUUUUGAGGGACUUUGCGCAAGACGAUACAAGAAAUGCAUACCCAAUAAGAUAUUGGACAUUUACAAAUAUUAUGGUAAUAAUUUAGAAACGACCAAGCUCACUUUUCCGUUCUUUCGUUUUGGAUUCUCGUACAUUUUCCUGGGCUAUUCGGUUGGUGGAGUGAAUAUAAACUCUUCUGUUAUCAAAAGUGCAAAAGCAGUGCGCCUGUUUUAUUUCCUGAAGGAGGAUAAUCGCUCCAGAACAGAUUUAUGGCUGAAUGAAUUCCUAAAGGUUUUCCCCUCUAAUUUAUCAGUAAACUUUAUUAAGGUGACCCAUUCCACAUCUUUGUCAAGGCAGGUGGAAUUUGAGGCGAACACAAAAGAUGUGAUUCCUCUCUUCUCUAUCACAUAUGUCAUUGCCAUUGCAUUCUCCAUUCUCUCUUGUUUGAGGUUUGACUGUGUCAGAAACAAAGUAUGGGUUGCUACAUUUGGGGUGUUCUCUGCUGGACUCGCUGUUCUGUCCUCUUUUGGGAUGAUGUUACACAUUGGUGUCCCAUUUGUCAUGACAGUCGCUAAUUCUCCAUUCCUGAUAUUAGGGAUCGGAGUGGACGACAUGUUCAUUCUCAUUUCCUGUUGGCAGCAGACCAGUGUUCACGAUCGAGUGGAGACUCGCCUGUCUAAUACAUACAAAGAGGCGGCAAUUUCAAUCACCAUCACCACGCUCACAGACGUGCUCGCUUUCUACAUCGGCCUCAUGACGCCCUUCCGCUCGGUCCGCUCUUUCUGCUUGUACACCAGCACCUCCAUCCUUUUCUGCUACAUCUACAGCAUCACAUUUUUCGGAGCAUUCCUCGUUCUUAACGGACGGCGAGAAGACAGCAACAAGCACUGGUUGACGUGCAAGGAAGUACCAGAGGAGUGUCCAGUGGGUCAGUCAAAGUGGUACGAAUUAUGUUGCGUUGGAGGCGCUUACGACCCCCAUACUGGCACAGAGGAGGUACAACCAAUGAAUCACUUCUUCAAAAAAUACUACGGCCCAUUUCUGACAAAAUCGUGGACGAAGGUCUUUGUGAUUGUGUUGUAUUGCAUCUAUUUGAUUAUCAGCAUUUAUGGCUGCUUUCAAAUUCAAGAAGGAAUUGAUCUCCGUAAUUUAGCAGCUGACGAUUCUUACGUGGUGAAAUACUAUGACAACGAGAAGGCCUAUUUCUCAGAAUAUGGUCCAAACAUCAUGGUUGUCAUUCGUCGGGAAUUUCCGUACUGGGAUGAAAAGUACAUGUCAGAUCUUGAAACUUGCAUUGAAGAUUUCAAAAACUUAUCUUUCAUUGAAAAGGAUAUAUUCACCUCCUGGAUCAAAUCAUACAAGUACUACGGAUCUCACAGUAAACUCAAUCUGAGCACUGAAGAUGUCUUCAAAGAUAACUUGGGAACGUUUCUGCGAUUUUAUUCCGAUUUCAAACAGGACGUCAAUUUCACCAACAACUCCAUCCACGCAUCUCGCUUCUUCAUACAGACCGUAAAUAUCUCUACCGCCCUGGAUGAGAUGAAUAUGUUGAAUAAAUUGAGAGAGACAGCACAAAAGUGCCCUGUUCCUUUACUAGUUUACCACCCCGCCUUCAUCUACCAUGACCAGUAUGCGGUGAUAGUGAUCAACACCAUCCAGAACAUUGGGGUUACAACGGCUGUAAUGUUGCUUAUCUCCCUUCUCCUCAUCCCAAACCCUCUGUGCUCCCUUUGGGUCACGUUUUCCAUUGCAUCGGUCAUUGUGGGGGUCACUGGGUUCAUGGCAUUGUGGGAUGUUAAUUUAGACACCAUCUCCAUGAUCAUUCUUGUCGUCUGCAUUGGUUUUUCUGUAGACUUCUCUGCUCAUAUUUCUUACGCCUUUGUCUCUAAUAAGAAACCCAGUGCGAAUGAAAAGGCCGUGGAAGCCCUGUUUAAUUUGGGAUACCCUAUUUUGCAGGGGGCUGUGUCUACUAUUCUUGGGGUGGUGGUGUUAUCUGCUUCAAAGAACUAUAUCUUUAGAACUUUCUUUAAAAUUAUGUUCUUGGUGAUCUUCUUUGGUCUCUUCCAUGGCUUAACUUUUAUCCCAGUUUUUCUGACCUUUUUUGACAUGUGUAGUGGCACACCAGCUAAGAGCAAGUCAGGCCCAGAAGAGCAGGCCGUGAAGAACAGCCACACCAAUAACAUUCAAUCAAAGGCAAAGGAUGGUGAGCUGAAAGAGCGGGAAAUUUAUGACAAUCACACUUUUCAACUAGACAACCUCCGAACAUGUCAGUCUCAGCCCUGCUCUUCUAUUUGGAUGAUUACCGGCAAUAACCAUCAUGUUCAAGAUAACCACAUGUGCAUGGCAAGCACCAUCCCAAUGUUCAGAGUGGACAGUCAGACCUAUGAGGUUCACAUGUAUACACCAUCUGAUGAUGGCACGUUAAGAGUCAAAUGUCAAUCAAAACAGUGCUUAGAAGGCCAAAAUUGUGUUUUAGGAAAUAGUAACCACAUUCAAGAUUCAGAUGUGCGUGUGCCCACUCCUAAUGGUUCUGAUUUGUCCAUUUUGUAAAAUUAUUUUACCUCUAUUUCUUCCAAGUUUAUUCUGUUUGUAUAUGUAACACCUUUUAUAUGUUUAAAUUAAAAUUACAGAUGUAAAUCUAAAUCAACAGGAAUGCAACAUGGCACUUUUUUACAAAAGAUACAUCUGGGCCAAUGAUUUUAGGACUUUUUAUGGGUUUCAGGAUGUAGCCGCCCAACAGCUGUAGCAUUAACUCACCAUAAACUGUAUUAAUCUGUAAAGAAAUCUGUUAAAAAUGUUUCAUUUAUGUGUUCACUUAUGAGACGCAAGAAUAACAAAUUUGUCUAAGUCGUUCAUAAAACCAUUGUUCGGUAAAUUACCAGAUUCCGUUCAAUGCAAUAAUUUAUCUAAGAAUGGAUUUAUCAACAAUUUACACAGAAAUUCUUACCUGUGUUUCAUGAAUGAGCCCCAAACAAUAUUUAAAUGUCUUAUUUUUUUCUUGAUAUGUGAAUAUUUCUAUUUAGUUAUAUAAAAAGUACACACAUGUAGCUUUCUUAAUUUUUGUGAAAUA